AGGAUUACACAUUGUUGCAAGACAAAGUAGCAUGACCGUUUUUUGUUGGAGUUGUAUAAGAGACAAUUCUUCCGUGGGACGCCAAGAAUCUAACAAUUGGAGGACUGGCUACAGUAACCAUAUCUCGUCUUGGUUGCGAGAUGGUAAUUUCACCUCUGAUUUACGUUUUAUCAUAAGUAGUGCUGGAAUCGGCUCUUGCAUCACAAGAUUUGGCUAGUCUGAAAGAAUCAUCUCUCUCAGGCAUUGAACUCCUUCCAUCUUGAAGUGCUCACACUGGGCGUAUUAAUGUAUUCGCUUGCAGCCUAGAAUCAGUCCCUUCUUGACUUAUUCGUCCAGAAUGAACAUGUUUGACAGAUAAUCGUGACUCUGCUCUGGUGAGUACUCUAUUACGCCGGCUUGAAUGACUUUUGCGACGGCAGUGUCCACCCCCAUUUGGUUGUUUUCUGAUACACAGAAAUGUCUGUUCCUCCACAGGUGUAGGGUAUUUGUUCAUUGGAUUCGGAAAGCCUCCUCGGCCACCCUCUUUGGCUAUUGGUGAUUUGUCUGGCUGUCCAAUGUCUGGAAAAGUGCUCCAGACGACCCCCUGGUGGAAUCCCACCCAGAAGCACUUUGUUGUCUUGGACUUUGAACUUACGGGUAAGCUCAAGGAGCUCUACAAUUUGUUCACUGGACAAAAGCACAAAGAUACUCCUGAUGAGUUGAGAGUAAAAAAAGCUGUUCGCGUAUCAAGAACAAAUGAACCAGAUGAAGCUCACAUUCUAAUUGUUUACAAGUCAUGUAAAGCUCGAGGUAAUUCAACUAAAAGAAGUCCUGUAUACCCAAACCACGACAUGACUUUACUACAGCUGCUAAAUAGGGAUCUUGGUCCUCAUCAACGAUAUACCCUGUCUAUUACUCUCAGUUCCUUUAUUUUAAAUAAUGUUCAUGUACAACGUGCUCGCGACAGAAUUGUCUUGCAAUCGUCUUUCUUACGCGAAGUGGUAGUGCUUUAUGGUCGUUUAACGAUAGUAGAGUUUCAACACCAUUACCCUAGACUACAACAUCUUCAGACACUAUAUACAGAGCUGAUUCAAACUAACGAGGUUAAUCUUACUGUCAACUUGAAUGGCCUUAAAAACUAUGGUGCGGUAGUAUCUUCUGCAUGCAAGACUAUUGCGAUUACAUACAACAACUACUAUGAUCUUUCCAUAACGGCAAUAAAGAAAAUAGUAUAUGAACAUUUACUGGACAGUUUACUAAUUAGACUGCCAGCUCCCCUUCAAAUCCCAGAUCAAAUAUUGCCAGAAAACACGACUAUUAAACUCCCUCGACUUUCUGCAUUUCUAAAUAAAAGAAUCACACCAGUCCGCAAUAUACUGCCUACAAUUCCAGUCAACAAGGCUACUCUUUCAAGAAAUCUUCAAGCAAUUAUGCAUUGGAGAUUUAUUAAAGUAGACAGUGAGAACGUUAAAUCGUUUUUCGAGCAAGGUCCACAGAAAAUUCGAGACAAAUCAUCUGUAGCCUACACAAGACGAUUAUUUUUCCACUUCUUCAAUUUUAAGAAGUUCAAAAUCAAUGAUAUUGAAGCUUUGAUAAAUCUCCCAAACGAAAAAAGCAAGAUGUUCUUGAACUCAAUAUACACAGACGGAUAUAUGUUCAGGGUAUCGUUUGCGAGACGGACCGCCAUUGAUCCUCUCAAUUAUGUUGAGCUCACAACAAAUGACUUUAACAUCCAGGAAAUUGCCGAGAAUUGUCGAGUGUGUACGGUGGAUCCUGGAAGAAGAGAUGCCUUCAAGGCAUAUUAUGGUGAUGAUGGUAUAAGAUGCUUAACAAGAAAAGAAUAUUAUAGUGCAUCUGGUAGCGUUAAGCGGAUGAUAAAUGAAGAUGCAAGGAAGGUGGCCCAAGGAAUUAAGGAAGUUGGAAAAUAUAUCCCAUCAGUUCGCAACUCCUGUAAGGCCAAAUACCUAAGAUAUUUCCAAAAUUCAAACGACAGACCUAUCCAUCCAAUGAAAUUUGGAGUGGCAAUGGUAGGCCAGAAAUGUUCAAUCCUCAGCCAAGUUCAAGAACAACAAGAACAACAGAAACACAAAGCGCCACAAUGA